CAUGCGGGGGUGUCCCGUCCCAUCCACCGCUGGCUAUAUCAUGUAACAACAGUAACAAGUGUGUUUUAGAGAGGAUUGAUUAAACCCACUCAUCUUACCAGUCAUUUCCCCCUCAUUACCUCAUCUCGCUCACCUGGGUGGGUUUUGACACUGGUUUUACCUGCCAGACACAUUACUGGAAGUGCGCGUGUAUACUUUACUUCUUUUUUUGGACUUUUUAAAGGAACAACAUUUAGUCCUCACUUCUCAUUUAUUCAUCAUUGAGCUAAGUAUAUCAGCACACAAACACACACACACACACACACACACACACACACACACACACACUCACACACACACACACACACACGAAGCUGCCCGUGUGGAUCACCUGCUGAACCAGAGCGGUAAAAAUGCUGUACCUGGUGGUGAUUCUGCUCUCUGUGUCAGGAGUUCUCGCUCCCUAUGAUUUGGGUGUGAACUAUCCGGAUAAUCUGAUCUGUGCUGUGAGAGGAUUCAGUGUCUCCAUUCCCUGUAGUUAUUAUUAUCCAACAUCAAAUCCCAGUAUUCAGGUGAUACAAAAGCUUUGGUGCUCAAUGAACUCAAACACAGACGUGUGUAUGAACCCCCCACAUGUUUAUAACAGCUCAUCAAUCACCACAUCAGACUUUGAGUACGCUGGAGACGACAAAUCAAACUGCACUUUGUUAAUCCACAAUGUACAGUUCAAUUAUUCUGGAGAGUACAGAUUCAGAUUUAUAACUAAUGUGACCCGUGGCAUGUGGACAGGUGUACCUGGAGCCACUCUACAAGUUGCAGAUUUAAAGGUGUCACUAAUCAGGCUCAGUGGAAACGGAACCCUUAAACAAGGAGACUCGUUAAAUCUGACGUGUGAUGUGAACUGCACACAAAGUUCCUCACAGUUUGUGUGGUCUAAGAACAACGAGCGCUUAAAUACAUCAGGACGCGUUCUUCACUUUCCUGCUGUAACCGUGAGGGAUUCUGGGAAUUACACCUGCACUUGGGAAACCAACAUGACGUCAGGAUCUGAAACGAUCAGCCUUCUCGUCGAGGGUGAAAAUCAGUGGACAAUCUGGAUCAUUGUUUUGGUGAUAGCUGGAGUGAUUUUCAUUUCAGUGACUGGAGCUGUGAUUUACAACAGGAGGUUUCUGUGUGAUUGCAGGUUUGUCCACACUGAGCAGCAGAAAGAGGACGAUUCUACCAUCUAUGAAAAUGCACAGCAGCAGAUGGGCAGUUUUGCUAUCUAUGCUAAUGUAAAGUAACAGAGCUGAUUACAGUUUCACACCUCAGUAACUCUAUUCAUGUCUUCAUUUUGUAAAUUUCUGAAAAAGAAAAAAAAACUAUAUACAGAAUACACACUUGCUAUGUACUGCAUUUGAACUAAUUUUUUAAAAUCAAGCUGUCCAGUCCUGGACGCAGCGAAGUAACCCCAAACCAUAACAUUUACACCACCAUGCUUCACAGUUGGUAUGAGGUGCUUCUCCUAAAAAGCUGUCUUUUUUUCCUGCUUAGUUCUCUGUAGUGAGCAGUAAGAGGUUUUUCCCCUGAUGGUCAUAAGUUUAUGCCUUUAGUUUCUCCUUUGUUCCUUUAUUCUUGCUAGGUUAUCUGGGUUUCUUUGUUUUGGUUUGCUGUAGGAUGAGUGUCUGUAGGAUGAGCGUCAGUCCUCAUAGGUUUUUAAAGAGAUCUUUUAAUUCUCUUGCAAGAACUCUUUAGAUCUUGGCAUGAUGACUCCACACACCUCAAUAGCAAAGGGGACACCAGACAAUAGAUAUGAGAGCGGUAUAAAUAAGACCGGUUCCACCUGCACUCCCUGAGCAGGUUCUAAUCACUGACACCCGAUCUUCAACACCUGAUUCUACUUUUAUGGAUUUGAAGGUGUGAUAAAUAUAGGGGUGUACUUACUUUUUCCAUGUGACUUAUCUGUUUUUUUUGUUAAAUUGUGAAAGUUAAUACAAAAUGUCAAUGCUAUGUCAUUUGAUAGAGCGCAUCACCUUUAUUAAUAGGCACCGUUUCAAAGAGGAUCAAAUGUUUGCUUGUCCAAAUAUGUAAAAACAAACAAACAACAAUUUCCAUGGGGUGCACUUAUUUCUUCACAUAACUGCAAAUGUAAUUAUUUUAGAAUUUGUGAUCUUUCCCAGUGUGUUGUGUAUUUGUGUAUUUUUUGAACUUUUUAAAAUGCUUAAGGUGGAAAAAAACCUUAAUGCUGCUUAAAUAAAAUAAGUGACACCAAAUAUAUAUAUAUAUUUCUAUAUUUAGUUUAUUUGGAUGUUCUUUUGAUAAUAGACGGCAAUAAAUACAUUAAGCUGUUUAUUAUAAGAGGUUUAUCAUGUGAAAAAGCUUAACGUGAAACACUGAUUGUAUUUAGUUUAGUAUAACAGACAGUAUAAUCAAUAAAGUGUGAGAGAAAAUUUGGCUUUAAGCUGUUUCUUUAUGUUUCAUCUUUUUUAA